AUGAGUACGUCUGCUAGUGUAUAUGAUAUUAUAAUCAUUGGCUGUGGUCCAGCUGGUAUAGCAGCUGGAUUAGAACUUCGAAAGUAUUCAUCCAUUCCGAAUUUUCUGAUUCUUGAAGCUCGUGAUCGUACUGGUGGUCGAGUUUAUACUGAUACACAUACUUUUAAUAGUAGUCAACCUGUUGAUUUAGGUGCACGUUGGAUUCAUCAUUAUCGUCCAGAAAAUCCUCUUGCUGUGUAUUAUACACCGUCGGAUAAAGAUCAGAUUCAUGAUCAUUUUCCGCAUGGUACCAAUAACGCUUUUUUUGACAUUGAUGGAACACGGUUGUCUGAAAGUUUCAUUAUAGAAGGGAAAAAAAUUACAGAAGUAUUAUGCGAAAAUGUUAAACAAGGUUUACCAGAAAAAUAUGAUGUUUCAAUUUAUGAUGGUAUUCGUGAAAAACAUGAGGAAAUUCAAGAUGACCAGAUGCGUCGUCUUGUUGAUAUGAAUCUUGGUUUUAUUGAACAAUUUGAAGCAUCUAACCUUGAUCAGAUUUCAGCAAAAUCAUAUUCAACCUUAGAACUUGAAUCUGACAUAAGUGAUCUUGCACUGUAUACUGGAUUUGGUCGUUUUAUUCAGCAGAUAGUUGCGCAACAUCCUCUACCUAUUCAAUUAAAUACUAUUGUGACAAAUAUUGAUAUUCCCAGUGACAAGAACGAACCUAUUCGUAUAACUACAAAAGAUAAUCGUCAUUAUUUAACGAAAUAUGUUCUGAUUACAAUUCCACUGGGUUGCUUAAAAGCAGGUUCAAUUAAAUUUACUCCAUCAUUACCCGAUUGGAAACAAAAUGCUAUUGAUCAAAUGGGUUUUGGAUUAUUCAAUAAGAUCUUUAUACAAUUUCCAUCAACGUUUUGGGAUGAAAAAUUCGACAACAUUAUUGUUACUUCGAAUAGUUUUCGAUUUUUUAUUUGUAAUCCACAUGAUCACAUGCUUACUUCAGUUGUUUGUGGUGAUUUUGCACGUAAACUAGAACAACAAACAGAUGAACAAAUCAUUGAACAAAUCGUUCAAAGUUUAAAACCCAUCUAUCCACAAAUACCAAAGCCAACAAAAUGGUUAAUCACUCGAUGGGGAUCUGAUCAAUUUGUAUAUGGUGCAUAUUCAAAUUUUAAAGUUGGUGCUACCUAUGAAACUUUAAAAGCAUUAGCAAAAGAAUGCUAUGACGAUCGAGUAUAUUGGGCCGGUGAACAUACAAAUUAUGGUGGCAACAUUGGAUGUGUUGAUAGUGCUUUUGAAAGUAGUCAGCGAGAAAUUAAACGUGUUUAUAAUAAAUUGAAUCAAAUUUCCAAUUGA